AUGCGGUGGUUUAGCGAAUUACUAUUACUCACUGGACUGGCCGUGUGCUGUGCCGUUGCAACCGAGGUUAAGACAAACCCAAACAAUAAGAUAGUGAAUGGAUUCAACGCACCAAACACACCGUACAACGUAUACGUGUUGUAUCUGAAUUCGGUCAAUUCCGGAUUCUUUGGUGGUGGUUCCCUGAUUUCCGAUCGCCACGUGUUGACGGCAGCCCAGAACAUUCAAGGAUUUGUGCGAUGGGAACUAGGACUUGGCAGUGUCUUUUUCUCACAGUUAAUCAUGCAAGUGUCGACGCAAGCAACCGCCCAUCCAUCCUUCAACAGCCAGACACGUGCCAACGACAUCGGUUUUAUCGUCCUACCAAACCCAGUCGUCUUUACGGCAAACAUAGCUCGGAUCGCGCUUCCUGAGGUAAACAUCAAUUUGCCUUUGGAAAACGAAGAAGGCAACAUCGUCGGAUUCGGGUUUCAUGCGGUUCAAGCCGAGCAACGUUCAGACUUCUUGAAGAUUGGAUAUCAAAGGAUGAUCGCCGACACUCGCUGCACCGCAACGUACGUAAUAACGCCACCAUAUCACUUCUGUGCGGAGGAUAUUACACAUCGCGCCAAUGUGUGUAACGGAGACUUGGGUGCAGGGUUUGUUGUCCUGGAUCGCCGUGUUGAUACACUUGUCGGUGUGGCAUCGCUUAUUACUGACUCGUGUAAUGCUAUAAAUCCAACUGGGUACACCCGUGUAUCUUUCUAUCGCCAAUGGAUUCGGGAUAACACAGGUGUUUAA